AUGUCCUUGAACUGCUGGUUCCUUGAACGGUACGCCCAUCCCAAGCUUGGCGCUGGCUUUGAUUCAUCAAAGAUACAGAAGGAUCCCCUUCUCACACUCACGCUGUCAUCACCAUCAUUUCUGGAUACAGCCAUAACCGAUGAGCUCACGGACAACCCAGUCUAUGUUAUCGAGACAUCUGGAAGGACGACCUCCAUCUUGCGCACCAACACUGCGCAGGGCGGAUAUACCAAAGCCGCAUCCAUCAGAUGGCCGAACCCCGAGAAAGGCAAGGGCAAGAAGAAAGCAAACGUCAAUGAUAUCUUGGUAUGGAUAGGGAAGAGCAGUUGGAUGGGGUCGGAGGAGUUCUUUGUGUUUGGGACCACCUUUACUGAGUCGUGUCUCUUCAGCACCAGGAAGUUCAUGCUGCAAGACUAUCCUGACCGGUUGAAGUGGAAGCACGUAGGAUCUGCCUAUCAUUGCGUCACGAAUAAUGUGAAAGGCCCAGUGGCUGUUUUAGAGCCAUCUACUCUGACCAGUCCGACGCGGCUCAAAGUGUUCGAGACUCUCUUCAAGAGGGGAGAUGGCCCUAAGAUUGACUAUCGUGCCAUUCCCAUCGUCCUGAUAGAUCACCUUAUCAUCACGGCUUUUCUGCUGAUGACCGAUGUCGAGGAAUGGGAAAAGGCCGGUAAGGCCGAAGAGUACGAGAACCGCGAUAGGGCCAGAUCUCCUUCACCUUCCACCGCCGGUCCCAGCUCGUCUGCUUCCGCUGACUCAAUACGAAAGUGGCAAACGCUCGUCCGGGGAAGCUUCAUACCUCCCCCGCGCCCUAGACCCGCGAGCCGCAGUUCGGCAUCACCUAGUGUCACCCACCGAACGUCUAUGCUCUUCGAUUCAGGGAUGUCGCAGUCAUCGGGCUCCGAUAUCCCCGCUAGCGCCACUUCCGCUCCUGGCGAAGUUAGGGUACAGUCUUUCCUCGAGAUGGUGACGCCAGAGAUCCCGUCCCAAAAUUACCAGUAUCCUGCAAGUAUAUCUGGUAGUAAUCAUCCUCCUAGAUCCAUUUCGAUGUCGAACAUGUCCACCACAGGGUCGCUUGGCCGUCGGAGAGAACUGCCAACUCCUCCGGUCGCAUACGACAGGCCCAGGCCCGACCAACCGUGGAUGCAUCGUUCAUUCUCCAGCCAUUCGCCAGUCAGUCCGACGUACGAAUCGUCUAUCUCUGCCAAUAACACCGGCUCACCGAUGUCAUCUAAUGCACCCACGAGUCUGUCCCUUGAGCCGUGGUCCAUACCUUCGGCCACGACGGCCUCUCCUAUGUCUCUUCACCCUCACAGGCUUCAGCUUCACCGUUCGCACUCUAUCACGUCCCUGCGAUCUCCAGCAGAAGAGCACGAUAAUGAUAAUCGGGGCGGGAGCUCGUUGCCGCCAAAACUGGCCCGAGAACGGCGUCGGACUCGUCGUCGACCGGCUACUGCGCCCAUGAGGGACUCUGGGGUAGCCAGACCGUUCGGGGCUAGUCACUCCCAGACGCUGAUGGGCAUGAGGUACCAGGACGACCCCGACGUGCUGGCAGCGACGUUGCGGGACAUCGAAUUGAGCAUACGCGAAGACGAUGAUCAGCCUCCACCGGCAUACGAUGCCAUCGACUUCUCUCAGCCGAGGCUACACCCACCCCCUGAACAUCCUCGGCCGCACAGAACGCCAUAA